AUGCCUCUAUCUCAAGGUCGCAAGCGGAAAGUGCGUGCUGUUUUUGGUCUCGUCGAUGAUGUGCUGGCUGUUGAAAAGACAGCGGCUGUGAAGAAGACACCUCGUCAAGCUGCGUCAAGUGUUGAAGCAAGUGGAAGACCAAGCUUCGCUAUACCGGUGGGUACCGGUAUGUACCAGUAA